AGGUCGAGGAUCUUCUCUAGCAUAGAUGUGUAAUUAACAACAUCAAAAGCUUACUAAUGGCUGAGGAGACCGUUCAUCUGCCUGAUUCACCAUAUGUAAACAGAUCAUGGAGAAGGAUAUCUACUAGAAAACUGAGUUUCUUAUACACUGAAGAGAAGAUUCUCCCUAACUAUCUCAAAUCUACUGGUUCUUGUCAUGACGUCUGCAAGUACGGAACAAAACAACAUGAAGCUCAAGACAUGUCUACUACAGUUUCACCUCUCAAAAGAGUUAACAGAAGCUUUUCUGGCACUCUAAGCUUUGAUUCACCUUUAAAGAAGAAGAAGGCAUUGACCAAAUCGGUGUUGAAUCCUUCUCUUGGCUCUGGUAAGACAAAGAAGACGACUUUACAUGACUCUUUCAAAACGAUUGGUGUGUCAAGGAGAAGAGAGUUAGAGAUGGUUGAACAUAACAAGCGUGUCACUGCUUUGAAGCUGAAGUCUGUUGCACAAACAGCAGCCAUAGCUCUUCGUCGCAGUACUAUUAAUAGAAAGAAGACUAAUGGUGGUUCUGAAGCCGAAGAACCAAAGAAAGAAGUUGUGUCUUCAAAACGGUGUUCCAGUAGCUUGAAGACAAAGAAGGAGAGUAAUGUUACUCUAGUGGAUGAGACGUGUAAAGACUUGGCUGAGGAGAAAACUCUCUACGUUAUCAAGAUGAGGACAGAGAAUGAGACUGUCGAAUCUGAUGAUCAGAACCAAAGGUGUGUCAUGGAUUCGCCUACUGAUGAUCCAAAGAGCCAAGAGGAAGGUGAGUGUAUUGUCACUGAAGCUGAUGAUGAAUCUUCUCAAGAAGAGGAAGAUGAGAACAUGUCAUUCUCUGAAGAUAAGAACGCACCAAGGCAAGCAAAAAGCAAAGCCCUCUCUGUAAAUAGCAAGUCAAUGAGACUGAGAUUCAAACGAGGAAAGUUUAGUGAUGUUGGAUCACAAGACAACACUCCAAGAAAACUCAAAUUCAAGAGAAGUAAAAUCGUUACCAGAGCUGACACAACCACAAAAUCUAGUGUUCGAAGAAGCAUAAACACCAGAGGAACCAACAUAAGCAACGAAAAGGAAGAGGAACAGAAAGCCAGAUCGUUGAAAGUUGUCCUGAAACACCAAGGGAUGACACAGAAGAAGAGAGACUCAAGAGUGUUGUUGUUCAACAAGGUGAUCAAGAAAACAGCUAAUAAGCUUGUGGAGACUCGCAAAAGUAAAGUCAAGGCUUUAGUUGGUGCUUUUGAGUCUGUCAUAUCUCUCCAAGAAAAAGAAAAACUCCUAUCCAACAGCAUAACACUCAAAAGUGAUUAUUCUCGGACCAUCCACUAA